CAACGCGCUUCAGUUAUAUAAACAUCUCCCGCCAUUUCAGCACCACCUACCGCCUGAUUCAUUAUCUUUCCGUCUUUCUGUGGCCACAGUAGAUUCAGCUUCAUAUUCCGGCCAUUGACUCUUCACAUCGCUAUCCGGUGACAUGGCAGGAGGAAAGGCUGGGAAGGACAGUGGCAAAGCCAAGACAAAGGCAGUUUCCCGCUCCCAGAGGGCUGGUCUGCAGUUCCCAGUAGGUCGUAUUCAUAGGCAUUUGAAGACACGCACUACAAGCCAUGGACGUGUUGGUGCCACAGCGGCUGUGUACAGCGCAGCUAUCCUGGAGUACCUCACUGCUGAGGUGUUGGAGUUGGCAGGUAAUGCUUCAAAGGACUUGAAGGUGAAGCGUAUCACUCCGAGGCAUUUACAGUUGGCAAUUCGUGGUGAUGAAGAAUUGGAUUCUCUCAUCAAAGCCACGAUCGCUGGUGGAGGAGUCAUUCCACACAUUCACAAGUCACUGAUUGGAAAGAAGGGCCAGCAGAAGACUGUGUAGAAGACUUUUUGUCAUGUUUGUAUAGUUAACGGCAAUCAGCGUGGACAGCAUUUGUUUUUAUGUUUUACCCUUUUGUCUGGUUAUGUUGUAACUGUAGUAUUAACAUGAAUAGUGGUUAGGCUUUUGAUGUACUAAGGUCGGUUCUCAAGAUGGGAGGGGUGUACAGGUGAUGGCCAAGGAAAACAAGCAGGUCCUUUUUAAAUGGGUUAACAAAGGUAUGGGGUUUUGAGUGUAAUAUUACAAAAUCAUUGGCCUGUGUCCUCAACCUGUUUUAUACAUAAAAUGUUGAACUUUUCUUAAAUCAU